AGGUCGCUGCUUCUCUACGCUGGAUCACUCCAAGAUGCUCCUAUUGUUAUGGCUCUGCCUCUACAGCUGAUGAAUGGCCCGUAAACCCUCCCUUAAUGCUGAGCUCGAUGGUCGCGAUGCUCCAAAGGUUCAAUAUUCCGAUGUCUCCACGGUCAUCACCCCUUUCGAAACGCUUCGUCCUAGGUACUUAGAAGUGCACUCUUUGUACAUUGAAGCGCCUCUUUCGUUGAAUUUAUCGUGGUAUGGUUUUGAGAUUGAUUUUUGAGCCUUGAGCUUUGAGUGCUUUUUAUUCAUGGAAGGUUUACACCGUGUAGUCUUCUGGCAUGCAGUCUAUGGUUCUAGUCAUCUUGGGUGUGAAAGCUAGCGAUAAUGUGACCAUCUGGACUUAUGGAAAAAAAAAAAAGAAGAAAUAUCUGUUUACUCUCUAAACUUGGCUAUCAAAACAAAAGUCUCCACUUGCUCUCUUUACUUGGCUAUCAAAAGAGAAAAUCUCUACUUAUCCAAACCACCCUCUCUCUUUGGAAAUCAAACCACUGCUUACUUAAAUAAAAGUCUCAUUUUGUUACUCUUA